AUGGAUAUUGAAUUCAACAAGAACACAUUGUUUUUCUUGUUCUUUAUAUUGUUCACCUAUGAUCAGGUCCCUUUUCUUGCUCAUGGCUGUCAUUCCGAAGAAAGAAAUGCUCUCUUGAGCUUUAAAUCCUUUCUCCAAGACCCUUCGAACCGAUUGUCUUCAUGGCAAGUAGGCAACCAUCUUCAGAACUGCUGCGCUUGGGACGGAAUUCAAUGUUCCGGUGACACUUUCCAUGUCAUCUCAAUCAACCUAAGAAACACAGAAGCUGAAAAUUACGAGCGUGAACGUGACUCCUCUGACCUCAGUGACCGCAUAAUUGCCCAACCGAAUACUGCACUAAAAGGUAAAAUCUCUCUUUCCCUUUUCGAACUUACUCAUCUCGAGUUUCUCGAUCUCGGCUUCAAUGAUUUCCAGAAAUCACGAUUCCCGGUUCAGCUUUCUAAUCUUACAAAACUCUCUCAUCUUGAUCUCUCUAAUACAAACAUUUUAGACUCCAUUACAACUCAGUUAACUAACCUGUCUUUGCUGAAGUACCUCGACAUCUCUCGCAGCCUGGAAACAUUUCCUUAUUUAAGUUUAGCAUCUCUGAACUGGUUGAGAGGGUUAGUCAACCUGAAGGUACUAAGGAUGAGAGGUUUUGAUCUAUAUAAAGUCACAUCUUCGGAAAAGAAUUUUGCUGAACCUAUAUCCUAUCUUUCCAACCUCAGGGAACUUGAUCUCUCUAAUUGUAACAUUUCUAGCCCAGUGUUCCCUGUACUAUUCAAUCUUUCUCGUCUAUCUUCUCUCAAAAUGAAUGCCAAUUACAUCAAUUCCCCGAUACCAGUUCAGCUGUCCAACUUAACUGCUCUCGUAGUUCUUGAGUUAUCUAAUUGCAAACUACGUGGUUCAGUUCCAUAUCUUCCUCAACUUAGGGAGCUUGAGGUGAGUUUUAAUUUUGAUCUUAGGGUCGACCUUACUAAGAUGUUUCUAUAUCAAUGGCCUGAACUGCGAAUACUUUCAAUACAAAAUACUGCAGUAAUCCAAUCAAUUCCAAGUUCAAUUUCAAAUGCGCCAUUACUGGUUAGUCUUUAUGCUUCAUCAUGCUUUUUGAAAGGAUCCAUACCUUCUUCCAUCUCCAAUUUGAAACACCUAAAUGUUCUCGACUUGUCUGCCAAUAAUCUCCAAGGAACCAUACCAAGUUCAAUUUGCAAGAUGCUUUCUCUGAGACAACUUUCUUUAGAGAUGAAUAACAUCACAGGAUCCUUACCAAGUUGCAUCGCAAAACUUCGAAACCUCAGCGUCUUUGGUGUCUAUGAAAACUCCAUUGAUGGCAAUGUUUCAUUAAUAUCUUUGCUCAAUGGUUUAAACUUAUCUGAACUACGUCUGAGCCCGAAUAAGUUAACUGUAUUUACAGAUCCACACCUACAUUUAUCAAAGUUUAAACUAAUAUUUUUGGACCUGCAAUCUUGCAAUAUGAGUGGGCAUAUCCCUACUUUUCUUUGCAAUUUCACUCAGCUUAUCAGAUUGGAUUUGUCUCAUAAUAGCUUAACAGGAGCUAUCCCUUCUUGUCUCUCCAAACAUCAAACUCUCAGACACUUAAUUUUGUCGAACAACAAACUUCAAGGUCCUCUGCCUCUUCCACCUCAAACUGUCAAGUUCUUUGAUCUAUCAAGUAAUAAAAUCAGUGGAGAAAUCUCAACAGAAACCGGAACAAAACUAUCUAAUGUAGAGUACAUUUUUCUAUCUGGUAAUGAACUUUCGGGUUCACUUCCCUCUUCUUUAUGCUCCAAUAGACGAGGAUUUAAGUCUACCACUCGAAUUAUGGACCUUUCCAACAACAAAUUAUCUGGGAGUAUACCUACAAGUGUAGGCUAUUGCAAAUAUCUUGAAUCUCUAAACCUUGGCUCCAACAACCUCACUGGGAAUGUUCCAAAAGUGCUUGCACAUUUGGAAUCAUUGAUCUAUCUUCAACUAUAUGACAACACUCUCAAUGGUACUGUUCUCAAUUUCAUUCAUAGGUUUUCGAACUUGGAAGUUCUAAGCUUAGCAAAUAACAAGUUUGAAGGUAGUAUACCCGCUGCUAUUGGUUCACUUAAUGGCCUAAAGAUUAUUUCUUUAAGGUCAAACAAGUUCGUUGGGCCUAUUCCAGAAGAGAUUAGUCAUUUGCAUCAACUCCAAAUAUUAGAUUUAUCGCUAAACAGUUUCACUGGGCUAAUUCCUAGGAAGAUAGGAAAGUUGAAUAGUCUAAGAAGUAGACCUGAUGCAACAUUCUCGCUUGGUUCUGGUUCUGAUCUGCAACUGCAGAUGGUGGUCAAAGGGAUUGUGAUACAAUUUCAGCAAUUAUACAGCUAUAGUACCGGAAUGGAUUUAUCAUGCAACAUUCUUAAGGGGAACAUCCCAGAAGAGAUCAGUCUGCUGAAAGGGCUUUCCAUGCUUAAUUUGUCCCAUAAUCAUCUUGUUGGUAUUAUCCCAGCAACUAUCGGAAACAUGUCUGGUUUAGAGUCUUUAGAUAUAAGUUUCAACAGACUAUCUGGACAUAUCCCUCAAUCAUUGACAUCAAUCGACGCUCUUGGGUUUCUGAACCUAUCUUACAACAAGUUGAGUGGUAGGAUUCCACGGGGAACUCACUUUGAGACAUUAAGUUUGGACGGUUCUGCUUUCACCGGAAACAAUUUGUUGUGCGGAUUACCUUCUGAGAAAGUUUGCGAGGCUGAUGAAAGCAUUAUUACUAGAGAUACUCACCCUGGAAAUGAAGCUGAAGAAGAUGGAAAUGAGAAGCUACUGCUUUAUAGUAUUGUUGUUUUGGGGUUCAGCGUUGGAUUUUGGGGUCUCUUCCUCGUUUUGCUUCUAAAGAAAGAGGAUUGGUGGUUUGGAUAUUGGAGACGUAUCGACUAUGUUGCAGCUAAAAUAACUAAAUGUUUGCUAAACAAUUAA